ACAGCUGAGAUAAUGGAGUUUAUUAAAGAGGAGUGUGAAGACAUGAGUGAAGGAGUGAGAGAAGAAGAUACUGACGAACAGAGAGAUCUGAUGAAAGUGGAAGAGGAAAGUGAAGAACGGAGUGAAGUGAAAAGUGAAGAAGAAAGUGAAGAACUGAGUGAAGUGGAAAAACAUCAGAAAUCUCUGAAUAUCACAGGAAGAAAAAAAUCUUCUAGUUGUUUAAAGACUAAAAAGAAUGUUUCACAGAAAAGACCUCAAAGAUCAAAAGCUAAAAGGCCAUCAUGCACCUGCCUUCAGUGUGGAAAGAGUUUCACAUGUAAAGGAAGCCUUAAGGAUCACACAAGGAUUCACACUGGAGAAAGACCUUUCACAUGCAGUUACUGUGGAGUAGGGUUUAAACAAAGCGGAAGCCUUACAGAACACAUAAGAAUCCACACUGGAGAGAAGCCUUACUCAUGCAGUCAAUGUGGGAAGAGUUACACGCAGAAAGGAGCCCUUGGGACACACAUGAAAACUCACACUGAAGAGAAGCCUUUUACAUGCCCGCAGUGUGGGAAAGGUUUUAUACUGAAAUCAAACUUUAACCUUCACUUAAAAUCUCACUCCAGUGAGAAGCCUUUCAUCUGUUCUCAGUGUGGAAAAGCUUUUAUUCAGUCGUCACACCUGAAAGUCCACGAGGUCGUUCACAGUGAAGUGAAGCCGUUUCACUGCGCUUCAUGUAACAAGAGUUUCAGCCAAAUGUCUAGCCUUCGAAUUCAUUUAAAAUCAUUCAUGCAUAAUAAAUACAGGUCCCUAGAAAAGUUCAUGAUCCCAGCUGUAGCCUCAGGUCAUGGUUUUCCCUCAGGAGCAAAUGUGUCCCAACAGAGCAAUAUAGCAGGGUCGUCUACUAAAACACAUUACCUGCAGUGAGAAAGGCAGUUCAGGAGACAUGAAUGUAUUAGUUCAGAAUAUAAACGAAUAAUUGAAACAUGCCUGGUGUUGUGAAGGGAUUUAAUGUUUAGCAGUAAA